AGGUACCUCUCCUCUGGAAGCUUGCUUCCAACUCUGCCAGCGCAUUCACUUGCUGCCGGCACGCCAGCGCAUUCAUUUGCUGCGGCACCCACGAUCCCUAUUCUUGGUUCUUUAGUGUCCUAGUGGCACUAUCGAACUUCGUUUAGGCGUCGUUGUUGUGUAGUUGGGCCUGUCCCGCUUCACUUCUUUUUUUUUUUAGCUAUGUCUAACAUUGCUAACCCUUCGUCCUCUGCGGGCCCUUCUGCAGCAGGAAACCCUCCCCCGGCGCCCUCCCAGGGCCAGAGUGAUCAGAGCACUGUCGCUGACACAGUGCCUGCCCAACAGCCGGCGGAGAGCCAGAAUGAGGACGUCUGCAUGGACGCUGACCAGAGCGUGACCAAGGUCUAUGCAUACGGCAAAACGCUUCCACGAGAGUUGAAUCACGAGAUCCUCAACAUGCAUCCUGAGCAGUAUACCGACAAGCUCGCUGUUGGUGACCUGGAGAAAGACCCAAGGCUGCAAGUGUCGACUGCAGGUAUCUUCGAUCUUCGUGGUCGAGACGUGAACAAGUCGAAACUCCCACAAGGCCUUGAUGGGGGCCAGAAACUUCGAACGGCUAUUUGGUUUGCGGACAACGCUCCAGAAGAUCUCAUCGGCGCGCAUCUUGAACUUUCCACUGAACAAGCCCAGGCCAUCGAAGACGACAAAGAGCCCCCCAAGAUCGAACCUCCGCGUGACGAGUGCGUCAAGGCAAAAUUUCAUCUCGACACACAAGCUCCGCACAUCGAGAUCAGUACGUUCGAUCCAUCGACUGAGAGCGUGAUCUCCACACGGAUAUUCGCAGAUGAGAUCGAGUGGAACUUCGAACACUUCUCGUCCGACUCUCCUGUGGAGUUCUAUGUCAGGCCUUAUUCAAGGGAGUACAUCUCAGGCAUGGGCAAGGACCUUACCAAAGGACUUAAUGGAUCUUGGAAUGUUGUUCUCGAGAUGGAAAAGAUGACCAAACAUUGCGUGCUGAUGGUCUCGGUGGUUUUACGCCAGCCAUCAAAAGACCGUCAGUGGCAGGGCAUCUCGAAGACGGCACUCGCCUCGAUCCGCGCAAAGCCGACCAAUUCCGUACGAGAUCAACUCGUCACACGAUUCGAUGAGACGGCGGUGUUCAGCAUGUGCUUUUCUGUCAAGGCAACUGCUGGCAUGAAGAAAGCAUGGAUUGAAAAGUUCAGCAGCUACUUCUCCCGCCUCGUUGCAAUCACCAAGUGCUAUGGAACGUUCUGGUUCUACCGACGCCAGACUGAAAUUGCCCUUGGAACCUCAGACCCAGAUGCCAUGAACGAUGUGGAUGCGGACAAAGCUAUCGAAAAGCCUGCCAUGCCAAAGGUGGACUUUAUCGUGCCUCGUUUUCUGGUGAAGGAAUGGUCUGUGACGGAGACCACGAACAGUCUCGGAGAGAUUAGCUACUCCGAUAUCAAGCCGCACGCUUGGGCGCCCCUCGAGUUCCCUACCCAGUUUCCGGAUGCCAACAUUGCUGCUUUCCUCUUGAAGCUGGCUAUCGAGGAAGAACGAGCUUACCAGCACCACGCUAUCAACGCUCUCGUACACAGCAGCGGCGGCCAAUUCUUUCGAGGAAGUUAUACCCACAUGGUUGGGAAGACCUACCUUGUCACUAUUUACCUUGGCAGUGAAAAGCUGAGUAAUGUUGACGUCCGGCUCCCUAGCCCGGGUGUGCGGAUCCAAAUCAAAGUCGAUCGCAAACUGAACGACCCGCCUCAACCGGAAACCACGGCUACGUUGACUGGUAUGGUUAUCUACACGGAAGAUGAUGCCAAUGACGUCUUCACGUGUGUCUGCGACGUUCAGGGCCCGAAUCUGGCAUGCGCCAAUGGGAGGGGCGAUUUUGCGACAUUGAUCGAAUACAUCAUCGAUGAACUCCCGUUUCAGAGGCAAAUGAAUGCUGUGUCUACGCUUCAACGCGUUUCGUACGCAGGCCAAGGACCGGAUGUGAAAUCGCUGCUCUUCGAUUACCAAGAGCCCAAGGAAGCAGAUGUCAUGGAUACCACACCACUGCCUACUCGUCGGGCUGCUUUCGAGCAAGCACUUACCCUUGGUUUCCCCUUCCCGCCAGACAAGUCGCAACUCCGUCCAUGUCUUGACACAUUCGAGUCGGAAACUGGCAUGACGGUAAUUGUUGGUCCACCCGGCACUGGGAAGACGUUGACCCUUACGCGAAUUGCAUUUGCCAUGGCGAGCCUUAUGUAUCGUGUCUUAUGCAUGGGACCAACCAACGCAUCUGUCCACACUCUGGUUGAUAAGUUUGUUGAGCAUAAUGCCCGGCUCGGCAGCAACGGCAUUGCGGAUGAUGAUUGGGUUCUGUUCACCGGUGCUCAUUGCAGAGUCGGCAAAGCCGGAAACCUGCGCAAGAGGCAGACCACUGAAGAUCAGGAGCUUGAGCGAGUCAACAACCUGUACGCCGAGUAUCUUCGUGAUGCUGAGGAUCGACGUAACCACCCACGCUACCAACAAACAAUGGGUUAUAAGCUUGGUCUCAAGAUCAGAAAGUGGGCAACGGAUCCGUCGUUGAACAUCGAAACCAAGGAUCAAGUGAAUCUCUACCAGAUGUCCAAGAAAUACGUCGAAGUAGAGGAGAAUCUUCCAUACAUUGGAAAGGAAGAGGCAAAGAAAGCCCGCAAAGAUCAGCUCAACCGAGAGGAAACGCUUGCCUACGAGUUCCUCCGGCGUGUGAGGUUUGUCUUCUGCACUCUCUCCUCUUCCGCUCAUGACAUGAUGCUCGAGAGCGGCAGAUGGGACGAGAUCAUUGUCGACGAAGCUGCACGUGAGACCCGUGCAGGCAUCGCUGUUUUCUUAGCAGCAUUUCAUGGCCGAUACAACCACAUCACUUGGUCCGGCGACCAUAUGCAAGGAGGUGGUGUCGUCAGUGGCGCGAAUGCGAACACUGGCUACAACAUCCUGGUCCGCAAUGUCUUUGAGCAGCUCGUAAAGGUUCUCACCAAGACGCCCGACAAUCCAGCUCCCACCGGCGCCUUCACUCUCCAGACUUGCCACCGCAUGAGUGGACCGCUGAUCAAGUGGUCAUCAGAUCACUGCUACGGUGGGCAGGUUCACGCUUCUCCCUUGGCCAAGCAGUGGAACGAGCCCCUUCGCAACACACUUAGGGCAUUCUGGGCAGAGCGCCUUCCUGAUGGGUUCAGAGGCUCUUACGAGCAGAUCUGCUUUGAUGUAACUGGUAUCGACAUUGCAUCCAAACAGGACAAGGGUAGCACUAGUCGCUACAACGUCGGCGAGGCCGAUCUCAUGGCAUACUGGAUACUCGAACUUCUCGAGUACGUGCCACCAAAUAACACUGCUGAAAAGCAGUGCGCUCGCGUCCAAGGAUCCGACAUCUGUGUCAGCUCCAACUUCAUCGAUCAGGUCUCACAGAUUAGGCGACACCUGUACAAGCGGUCGGAGGGUAAGCCUCCGCACAUCGUGCAGCAAGUCAAGGAUGUGCUGCUCAUGCUGGAAACCACUGGUACGAUUCAGGGCAAAGAGAGAUCCAUCUCUUUCUACUGCACUGUGAUUGCUGUCGGUCACUCUCGCCUUGCCGAGGGCGAAGACUUGCCAAUUGGGUUCGUCGCGAACGUGAAGAGCUUCAAUGUGAGCAUGACUCGUCAGCGAGUAGCCCGCUACAACUUCGGGGCUUUUAUGCUGUUCGUUCAGGCCAUCCGUGACCGCCGCAAGGUCAUCCAUAGGUAUGGCGAGUUUUUCGGCUAUGUCAAUCACAUGGAGACGAGUGGCUUCAUCUUGUCGCUGGCCGAGAUACAUGAGUGGAUGGACAAGCGUCAGAAGAUUGGCUCUGGUCAGGGCUUCUCCAAUUUACUGAAAGCCAAAGCCACCUACAAGGAGGAACCCGUGCCAAAGCCAGCGCAUAAGAACUUAUCUGGCAUGCACAAUGCUGACUCGCGUCCAACCACCACGGGCAACAGUAAUGUCCAGCACCAGAAGGCACCUGCAACCACCAAAUUUGGCGGUAAGCGCGACAAAAAUGGCAAUCUACUUGAUCAGAACAAGAUUCAAAAGAGCCGUGGCAAGCGAGGUGGCAAGAAGUUCAAGGAUGACAAGCGCGAUCCUGGCGGCAACGAUGGAGCUGCUGGUGCUGCUGCUGCUACUUGAGUACGAUGACUAGGAUGUAGUUUUUUUGGGUGGUAGGGUGGGUCAAGACAUCGGUUUUUCGGGACCGUCAACGGAGGGGAUCCAUCACCGUAUGGAGCACGCUGGUUUUUUGACCGCGUGUGGGGCCGUUGACCACCACUAAAAGUUUGCUUUGUGCAUCAUGCUCGACACCACAUAUCGCACUCGCUAGCUUCCAGGAUCCCUCCUGGCCGCGUAGCUGUGCGAGUGAAUUGCGACUAUCAUUCUUCCAGAACAAUCAGACUCAGCACAUUUGCGGCAAUCUAGCAACCGACGCGGGUACUUACACUUUGCGCAUGUCAGCCUGAGCCUGGCC